AUGGGCGAUGUCCCGAGAGCGAGCCUAGGCGCUCGCUCCAGUCGGGGCGCUCGCCGCUGUGGCCGCACUUUGCCCACCGGGCACGGGCAGGGGGCGCGUGGCUUCUGCAGCCCCGAAAGCUCCUUUUGUCCGCCCGCGGCGUUAGCUUUAUACGUCUAUGAAUAUUUACUGCACGUUGGAGCACAGAAAUCUGCACAGACCUUCUUAUCAGAGAUUCGAUGGGAAAAAAACAUCACAUUGGGAGAACCGCCUGGGUUUUUGCAUUCGUGGUGGUGCGUAUUUUGGGACCUUUACUGUGCAGCUCCUGAAAGGAGAGACACUUGUGAACAUUCAAGUGAAGCAAAAGCCUUUCAUGAUUACAGUGCAGCAGCUGCCCCGAGCCCUGUGCUUGGCAACAUUCCCCCCAAUGAUGGGAUGCCCGGAGGCCCCAUCCCACCAGGUUUCUUUCAGGGUCCUCCGGGGUCACAGCCCUCGCCGCACGCACAGCCUCCACCUCACAAUCCUAGCAGCAUGAUGGGACCCCACAGUCAGCCUUUUAUGUCACCGCGAUACGCAGGCGGCCCCAGGCCCCCGAUCAGAAUGGGAAACCAGCCUCCGGGAGGAGUUCCUGGGACACAGCCAUUGCUGCCCAAUUCCAUGGAUCCCACGCGACAACAAGGCCACCCCAACAUGGGAGGAUCAAUGCAGAGAAUGAACCCUCCCCGAGGCAUGGGGCCCAUGGGUCCUGGCCCACAGAAUUACGGCAGCGGCAUGAGACCACCACCCAACUCCCUCGGCCCCGCCAUGCCCGGGAUUAACAUGGGCCCGGGAGCUGGCAGACCCUGGCCCAAUCCUAACAGUGCUAACUCAAUUCCAUACUCCUCCUCAUCACCCGGUACCUAUGUGGGACCCCCUGGUGGUGGUGGCCCCCCCGGAACACCCAUCAUGCCUAGUCCUGCAGAUUCAACAAAUUCCAGUGACAACAUCUACACAAUGAUUAAUCCGGUGCCGCCUGGAGGCAGCCGGUCCAACUUCCCGAUGGGUCCUGGCUCGGAUGGCCCGAUGGGAGGUAUGGGCGGCAUGGAGCCACACCACAUGAACGGAUCGUUAGGGUCAGGCGACAUAGAUGGACUCCCAAAAAAUUCUCCUAACAACAUAAGUGGCAUUAGCAACCCUCCAGGCACCCCUCGAGACGACGGCGAGCUAGGCGGGAACUUCCUCCACUCCUUCCAGAACGACAACUAUUCUCCAAGCAUGACGAUGAGCGUGUGACCCCCUUCUCCAAGAUGCUGAGAGAGCCGGCAUUGCAGGCAGAAGACGCCAGAAAUUAUGCAAGAAGAAGUGAGGGGUCAUUAUCCAGGAGCUGGGGGAGGGCAUCUCCCCGCUCCCCCUCUACCCCCAACCUCCCCUCCCAGUCCCCCCACCUUUCCCAAUUUUAGUUUGAUGCAAUAAAAAGGCUGAACUUUUUAUUCCGUAAAACAUGAAGGACAAAACUCAAAAAUAAAAAUAUAUUUCAAGUCAAUGACCAGAAAAUUCCCACCCGUUCCCCUUUCCCGAAAGGACCUUUUCUGUACAUGACACCUAUUUGUUGUUUUUUGUUUGGGGUUUUACCGUUGUUGGGAUUUCUUUUUUAUUUGUUUUCAGGGGUUUUUUUUGGGGGGGGGGAUUUUUUUUAAUGGAAGCUUCUAGCAAGCCCUCCCCCACCCUGCCCCAGUCAAUCUCUUUGCUUUCUUCUUUAAACAAAAGAAAAAGAAAAAAGGCAAAAAACAAACAAAAACCCACAAGCCCUGCUGUCUGUCUGUACCCAAACCCUUCCACCAGGAAAGCUAGUCGAGGUGUGAAGUCUCACACUGUCUUUGUAGCCAUCUAAAAAUAAUAAUAAACUGGACAGUUUACAACCAGUGGUUUCUUUCACAAAGCCUUUUUUGGAAAGAAAAACGAAGUCACCCAUUUCCACUUGGGUUUUGCUUUGGGCAACGCGCAGGGGAGGGGUGGGAACCUGUUUUGCUCCCAGACAAGGUGACAACAGCAGCAGCACCCGGGACCCCAGAGCCCACCUUCCCCCAUCAUGUGGUCGGAGGGACGAGACUGCCCAACCCCCUUUCAGGAUUCCGCCACAGCCGAGGCUUCGCUGUGACCUGGUGGCGUGCACCGUGUUCCCAGGACUGCCUCUUCCUCUUCUCUCUCUUCCGGAUCUCUCUCCCCGUCCUGGCUCUCCAGCCCCUGCUCAGCCCCCACCCCAGUCUUCCCAGCGAGAAUCCUGCCUGCUGGGUGGUGGCCCGGACCCGAGUAGGAGAGGCUGCCACCGACGGGAUGGCUAUGACCUGGGACAUGGAAACCGUGACCUCCACGUUCUGGUCCCGCGAUCCUCGCGUCGUCGUCGUGUGCACAGGCAGGGUGGGCUGGAGUUUGGUUUUCUUUUGUUUUUUCUCCUGAUUUGUCUUUCUUUUUCAAAGAUGGGAUGUUGACCGGAAUUGUGCUGUAAAUGCUUGGAACUGGAUGGAAAGACUUUGGAUUAGCUGUGGGGGUGGGAGAACAGCAACAACCAAACAGACUGUUUCCGACCCUGUUUUUAUUUUCAAAAACCGACAAACCCGACGACGGAGCCUGUCCACUCCCAGGAGGGGUGACCAGUGGCCUCUCUCACCUCACCACCCCCCAUGGGAACCUGUGUCUCGCCCUUGAAGACACCCGAGUUCUUUGUACAUUGACACUCCCUUCUCCUUCCUUCCCAGCCCUGUAGCUGGUCUUUGUUUUAUUCCCUCCCCUUCCCAAUCCAUGUAUAUCAUAUCAUGUGAGAUAUCAUCUGCCUGAAAAAAAGACCUUGUGCGGAUUAUUGGGAACAUUGUAGCUGUUUCUGUGUUUUUUCUUACCUUGUAGUCUGGUUCUGAAUUAAGAGAGGGAAAAAAAAAAGUAAUUAUGAUACAUUGUAGUUUGUGUACGAUAUAUGUUGAUAACGUUUUAUUAAAGGGACAUCUUUUUUCCGCA